AUGCCACAGUCGAUGAGCAUGCUUCUGGCCCUUGGGGUUGUCCUGGCCACAAUGACCGCAUCAGCGCAGGAUGUUGAAUCACCUCGCCAGCUCCGCGGCAGUCAGUCCAUGCCUGACGUCGAUGACUUCAAUGAGACCGAAGACAAUGAGACCUCGGAGGAGGCGAAAGAGGAGACGCCCGCUCCGUCGCCAAGCCAAGUGCAGAUCUGGGUUCCCGACCCCUCGGAAGUUAGCAUUUACGAUGGACAGGAGGAAGAGGAGGAUCCUGCCCUGGAAGAAGCCAGGAAGGAGGAGGAGGCCAAGAAGCAGCUGGAGCGCGAGGAAGCAGAGGGUGGAACCUGUUGCUUCAGCGGUGAAAGCAGCCAAGACACAUGCGGCACUUGUUUUCCAAUGUCCAUCGCCUCUUACAAGAGCAAAUGCUCACGGAAGAGAUAUUGCCUGGGUGAAUGCAAGGGAACCUGGUGCGAGACAAAGUGCAUUUUGGGCGCAGCAAGCGACGAGAAUAAGUGUGGCACCGCGUAUCCUGAUGGAAUUGCAACAAGUGGGAGUUCCUGUGCAUCGUCCAGCCGUGGAUGUGCUUCUUGCAAUGGCGAGUGGUGCCGGGCGGGGUACGCCUCCAACUUCCACCUCGAAGAGGACGAUCACGGGCGUGAGACGCCCGUGUACGUGGCGCCAGAAGAGACUGACGGCAUUUGCUGCUAUCGUGGAAAGACAGGCGCAGACAACAUGUGCGGGGCCUGCACGGAUGUGGCGAAGGAUUCCACAUGCUCUGUGAAGAGUCACUGUGGUGGCUGCGGUGGCACCUGGUGUCCCCGACACGGGCCAAAGUGCGUCAAGGCCUUCAAGGACGCCAAGAAUCCAUGUCAUACGGCCUUCCCCAACUCAGGGAUUGCCUCUGCCGAUGAGUACUGCGCCUUGAACAAGAAGCAGUGUGACAGCUGCAACGGUGCUUGGUGUGCUGUUGGGAACAUCACCUACUCGGAUGGCACAAAGUACGACCCGAACCAGGCCUGGGCUCCCGAAAAUGAUCAGCGGCUGGAGGAGCAGGAUGAGGCAGAAAUCGAGCAGGCUCAUGAGGAAGUGAGCCACGAUGAUACCAUCGAAGACCUUUUCCCGGAAGGCUUAGCGGAUCAUGGCAUGCCGGGCAGCAUACCGGAAGAUGAAGAGGAAGACAAGCCCAUGGAUCUGUACCCGUAG